ACCGAUGAGGUCAUUUGUUGCUGGCGUCGCCUGUUUGAAUUUGUUAACGCUCGUAAACGGACGCUUUAAUAAAAUCUCCAGCGCAAAAUGAAGUGGAAGAACGAAAUUCCCAAUAAAGCGGAAUUCAUGAAAAUCAACAGUUUUCAUUUCAUCGAAUGCGAAAAGUUUCAUAGUGAACUAGUGCACGAGGAAAACGCCGGCCAAUUUUCCGGGGGUCACGGAAAGCAGGUCAAAGAAACAAGAAGUUGUGAUAAACAAGCGCAAUCCGACUGUGAAAACAAAGAACGUCGGACCAUGAGCGAGACUAUAACCUUGACCAAGUCCCAGACCGACUUCACAGGCUCAUCCCCGAAGAGAUACACCACCAAGUGCUACAUUAAGCCCGUUACGACCCCCGUCUGGUACACGGAGUCGUUGUUUUUGAAUAUCAACUCAAGCAAACGCAAAUACGACGAGAAAAUUUACUUCAGGGAGAAAUUGGUGCCGUUCAAGUGGUCCGAAAGUAUGAUUACGGAGGUGAAGACCGGCCCCAAGUGUGUUUAUUCCGAUGUGGUCAUUCCGGUUGAUGAUUGCAGGGACGAAGUUCAUUAUAUUUCGCUAGAGCCUCAGCAACGUUCCGUCAAGUCGACUGAUUUGUAAUAUAACUCUGUGAUUUAAUAAAGUUGUUAAAAACAA